AUGACGUCUCAGGAGAAGAGCAUGCCGUUCAUCAAGCAUCUCGCAUCCAGUGACCGUAAAGUCCGCACAGCUGCCCUCAACUCUCUUCAUGCCUUCCUCUCAGCUCGCCAAGUCGCCUCCGCUUUGACAACCCUCGAUGUGCUGAAGCUGUGGAAGGGGCUUUUCUACGCACUUUGGAUGUGCGAUCGCGCAAUCCCGCAACAGAACUUGUGUAAUGAGUUGGCCGACUUGAUUUGGCAAUUGCCACGAGAGUCUGUCGCAACCUGGUUACGCGGUUUCUGGGCUACUAUGGCGCGAGAGUGGACCGGAAUCGACGUGCUGCGAAUGGAAAAGUUCCUGUUGCUCGUCAGGAGAGUUUUGGGAGCCAGUUUCAAGUGGAUGAAGAAGGACGGAAGCUUGGGUAAGAGGACACAUGAUGGCCAAGAAAAAGCCGUGAAGACUGGGGCCUGGGAUCAGAGCAAGGUGGACGAGGUAUUGGGCUUGCUUGCCGAAUGGCCGUUUUCACUGGCUGAAGAGGUGCGGAUAACCCAGAGCUCUGAGAAGGGGGGUGAGAUAGUACAAAAGAUACCAGUGGGGAUGAGGCUGCAUGUGUUGGAUAUAUGGGUUGACGAGGUGGAACGUGUCGGCCUGCUGAAUGAGGACGAAGAGGAAGCACGCAUGAUCGUUCAAAGGAUUUCAGACAUGGUAGAUGCUCUCGAGCAAACCACUAAGAGCCCAGCGGUGCGGACUAGGUCGAAGGAUUCCUUGGGUGAUGACAGACUUCCAGCCAACAGGAGACCUAACAGCAGCCAAGAUCACGAUACGAAGGACAUGGGCGACAGUGACAGUUGGGAAGGAUUUGAUGACUAG